GCAUAAUUGGUGGAGGGCCGGGCGCGGUGAGAGCGUCUCGGGGGAGUAGGGCAAGGCGGCCGGGCCCCUCCCAUUCCGCCUUUUCUUCAGCGUCCUGCCGCCGGCACUGACUGCGGGCGCCUGGCCACAGGCGAGUGUGCGCAGGGACUCCGGACACCCGCGGCAGCGAGCUGAGAGAGCAGUCUCCACGAGGACCGAGGCGGACCCUCCGGCGCCAUGCGCGCCCUCCCCGGCCUGCUGGCGGCCAGGGCGCCUACACCCCGAUUGCUCCUCCUCCUCCAGUGCCUUCUCGCCACCGCGCGCCCAAGCUCGGCGGACGGCAGUGCCCCAGAUUUGCCUUUUACAAGUCUACCUCUCAGAGAAGAAAUGAUGGCAAAUAACUUUUCCUGGGAGAGUCAUAACAUAUCACUGACUGAACAUUCUAGUAUGCCAGUAGAAAAAAAUAUCACUUUAGAAAGGCCUUCUAAUGUAAAUCUCACAUGCCAGUUCACGACAUCUGGGGAUUUGAAUGCAGUAAAUGUGACUUGGAAAAAAGACAGUGAACAACUUGAGAAUAAUUAUCUUGUCAGUGCAACAGGAAGCACCUUGUAUACCCAAUACAGGUUCACCAUCAUUAAUAGCAAACAAAUGGGAAGUUAUUCUUGUUUCUUUCGAGAGGAAAAGGAACAAAGGGGAACAUUUAAUUUCAAAGUCCCUGAACUUCAUGGGAAAAACAAGCCAUUGAUCUCUUACGUAGGGGAUUCUACUGUCUUGACAUGUAAAUGUCAAAAUUGUUUUCCUUUAAAUUGGACCUGGUACAGUACUAAUGGGAGUGUAAAGGUUCCUGUUGGUGUUCAAAUGAAUAAAUAUGUGAUCAAUGGAACAUAUGCUAAUGAAACAAAGCUGAAGAUAACACAACUUUUGGAGGAAGAUGGGGGAUCUUACUGGUGCCAUGCACUAUUCCAAGUAGGCGAGAGUGAAGAACACAUUGAGCUUGUGGUGCUGAGCUAUUUGGUGCCCCUCAAACCAUUUCUUGCAAUAGUAGCUGAGGUGGUUCUUUUAGUGGCCGCCAUUCUGCUUUGUGAAAAGUACACACAAAAGGAAAAGAAGCACUCAGAUGAGGGGAAAGAAUUUGAGCAGACUGAACAGCUGAAAUCAGAUGAUAGCAAUGGUAUAGAAAAUAAUGUCCCCAGGCAUAGAAAAAAUGAAUCUCUGGGCCAGUGAAUGCAAAACCUCAUGUCGAGAAUCAUUGGAAGAUAUACAGAGUUCGUAUUUCAGCUUUCUUUAUCCUUCCUGUUAAGAACCUCUGAGUUUUUAGUUUUAAAAGGAUGAAAAGCUUAUGCAGCAUGCUCAGCAGGAGAGGAGCUUCAUCAAUAAUACAUGCUAUCUCAGAUCUAAGGGUAUAUUUUCAUUCUGUAAUUAUGUUACAUAAAAGCAAUGUAAAUCAGAAUAAAUAUGGUAGACCAGAAUAAAAUUAAUUAUAUUCUGGUCUUCAGAGUACACAUGGAACAGAUAUCAGCAGAAUCACUUAAUACUUCAUAGAAUAAAAAUCACUCAGAACCUGUUUAUAACCAAAGAAUUCAUGAAAAAGAAAGCCUUUGCCAUUUGUCUUAGAAAGUUAUUUUUUUACAAAAUCAUGCUUAUUAUUAGUAUCUAUGGAAGUAUAUGUAACAGUUUUUAUAUAAAGGUCAUCUUUCUGGGAUAGUGAAAAAAUAUGUCUUUACUAAGUUGAAUACUUUCUGCCUUUGCUAAUGAUAGUUAUUCUACAAUCUCCACAAGAAAAACAUACCUUUUAUCCAGAAAUAUUGGCUUAAGGCAAAUAAAUAAAACUGUGCUUACUCUAAAGCUCUGUCACUACAAAAGCAAAUUUUCCAGUCUUUAUUCCACUCAUAACCACUACUCUCCCCACCAGGCUAAAGUGCUUAUUAGUCUUUAAUUAGGGUUUCGAACUUCAUAAGGUACACCAUUGUUUAUGUUUUAGAGUACAGGUCCAUAUAGUUGUAAUACCUAAAACACUCCUACACUGAUGCUUUUGUGGCUCAUGGUUUCCUGGUGUCUUUGAUUUAACACCUGGCUUCCUGGUAUCUAUGGCUGGUUAGAUAUCUAAACUUGUAUUAUUAGUGCUUUACAAUAAUAAUUUCCUCGACUGAAGUCCAGAAGUACUAAAGUACUUCUUUUUUAUUGCUGUGAAUGCCUUAGACUUAUCUUCAAAAAUAGGAUGCGUUGUUUAUAUUGCGUAUAUAACUGAAAUAUUUUAUAAACUCACUGUAAUCAAAUCUUAUAAAAUCUGAAUCGACAUGAAAAGUUGUCAGUGCUUGAAUGAAAUACUAAAAUCAUGCCACAGGAUGCUAGAUAAGGUAAAUGACCAUGAUGUGUCCUUGGAACUGGUGGGCGCAGUGUUGCACUGCUCGCAGGGCAACAACUUUAAGAACAGAAGAGUGGUGGUGUGGAACCCAAGAUUCUUGGCGACUAGGGGAUUUAAAGGUUGGGGAGGAGUAAUUCAAAGAUUUGAAAAGAAAUACUUUAUAAAAAUUUACUCCAUAUAUUGGCUAAGAAAAAUGUAAUAAAAUUUUGGUAGUGAAAAUUAUAUCACUAAUGUUUACCAUUAUUACUAGUAUGAAUAAUACACAUAAGGUAGUGACUUGGAAGCUGGUGAAUUCUUUGUUGGUAUAACAAAAUGCAAUAUUUUGUUGUAAAGCAUCCUAACUACACAUGUAAGUUUGCUGAACUUGAAUACAUCCCAGUAAUGGCAAACUUCAUUUUAUUCUUGGUUUUCAUUUUAUUCUGGUCUCAGGUCCAUGCAUUUAUUUUAAUUUAAUUAAUUAUUAUUUUGACAUUAUUUGGGUGAUAUCUAUAUAAUGGUAGAUAACCAAUCAGCUUAAUUAAUCUAAACUCUUUGAAUUCGGGGAAAUAUUAGUCAAAUCUGCUGUUUGACUAAAUACAAUUCAAAGCAGUAUAUUUGUGACUGGGAAUAUAGAACACAAGGAAACAAAUGUGUAGCCCAACAAAUGUGUAGCCCAUCUGCAGUAUGCAUUCUUCCAUUUUGCCACCACUAACCUUCAAGGCUGAUACAAUUUUCAAGCAAGAAGCAUUGCUUCCUGAAGGUAAAAUAAUCAGAAAUAUUUCUAGAGUAAAUUGAAUUUUUAAUUGGCAAUACUGUGUUUUGUUUGUUUGUUUGUUUUGUUUGUUUGUUUGGUUUUUUUUUGCAAAAAUACUUUAUUUCAGUAACCUUAAAUAGGAAAAGUACUCAAAAAUUAAAGUUGAUGUUUGGCUUUUUAUAGUCUUUCUAGAGGACUUCUAGAAAAUUACCACUGUUGGAUUUUAAUCUGCUUCCAUUAACCAAUCUUAUAGUGAUGAUAAAUGGAUUAACUAAUACUGACCAACUGUAAAUUGACUGCAAAUAAUAAGCCACAUAAAAGCUGAAGUAGGAAAACUACUCAAGUUUAUAUAUUAGGCACCUUGGGUAAUUCUCUUAGUCUUUCCAGCUAACAAGGAUUUUCAGCAUAAUAAGUAGAUUUAAUGAUGGCAUAAAAUUCUCAGAUACUUUCAUACACAUUUUUUUGCCAAAGUGUAAAUCUCCUUUUGCAGUCUUUUUGUUAUUAUUCCAACAUCUAGCUUCUCAGACCCCGAUCUAGAACUCAUUGUGAUAUUUUCUUCUUCUGUGUUAAUUAACACUUAUAGGUCAUGAAUCCCUGCUCCUUUGACCUUUUUAAUAGUUCAUGAAUCCACCCCAUUGCCUUCCCAACUCUGCCCUCACCAGCUGCAACAGCUAAUGCCUUGAUUUUCCUACCUCAGUCUCCUUUUCUAUUAAUCCCUCUUUUGCAUGGCUGCCUGAGUCCACUUUCUCAAACACAAACCUCACUAUGCAACUUUGGAAUCUCUGUAGGCUCACCUUUGCCAUUUCUUAAUAUUGCAUUCUCCAAAUUGCUAAUCUCUAUCCAGUCUCUUGAACUAGACUUGGCACAUGGAGAUUCCGCUCAGAAAGUGCUCUUCACACUUCCACCUGCUUGACUAACCCCAGGUUAUCUUUCAAGACUUUAAUCUGAUCUUGUGUCUUAGAGAAGCCCCCAUACCUAGUAGAGCAAUUACCAUCUUACAUGCUUAAAUAACUCCACAUUUAUUUGUGUUUGUUACUCUGUGUUCUAAAUACACAUUUGUUGUUCUCUGUCUUGGAUUAUUUUCUUUCUUUGUCCUGUAACUACCAGUGCAAGGGUGUAAUACAGAUGUCUUAAAAUGUGUAUUGAAUGGAUGAAUGUAUAAAUAAAAAUUAAAUUUUGUAAAUUUCUACUUGUUCUUAGAAAAACAAUCUAAAUUGUGACAAAUCAUAAUUGAAAAAAAUUAUAAAGAAAAACAAGCUUUUAUAACUUCAGUAUUUGCUUCUUUUACUUUGAAAAAAACAUAGAAUAGUAUAAAGGUCCAGUCAUAUUUUCUUUAAUAAUGAAUUAGUGUCUUCUGAGCAAAAGGAGUCUAAUUCCGAAACUAUUACACAGAUUAUGUUGCAUUCAACUUACUUAAAUUUCCCUUGUUCUUCAUGUUUCAUGGACAGUACAAAUGCAAACCUUAUUUUUAUCCUUUAUUCUAAUAAUGCAUUGAUUUUAAAUAUAAAGAAUUUUAGGCCAGGUAUGGUGGCUCACACCUAUAAUCUCAGAACUUUGGGAGGCCAAGGAGGAUGGAUCACAUGAGGAUAGGAACUUGAGAGUAGCCUGGGCAACAGAGUAAGAAGACCCUGUCUCUACAAAAAAUAAAAAAGAAAUUAACCAGGCAUGGUACUUGCCUGUAGUUCCAACUAAGCUGAGGCGGGAGGAUUACUUGAGCCCAGGAGUUUGAGGCUGCACUGAGCUAUGAUUGCCACUGCACUUCAGCCCGGGAGACAGAGGAAGACCCUGUGUCUGUUCCCUCCGAAAUUUAGCGAUUGUAUUCCUUUACAUCGUACUGGAGAGAGUUGAUGUUUGUGUUCACUCCCUAACCUCGUUCCACUUUCCCCUGCCAGUAUACUUCAGAAUAUCUCAGAUCCAAUUCAAAAUUUAAUCCUAAAACAUAUAAUUAUUUUCACAGUUUCAUAGUUUAGUUUUGAUCACUGAAAGCAUUUCUUUCGUUUUGUCUAAUUGAACAAAUUUAUGCAAGGAAUUGGGGACCUAUUCCUCAUUAGCAUUGUUCAUCUAUAGGUGGAAAUCAAGUAUGUGUCGCAGUAUUAAUUAAAGGCAAAGUGACCUAUUUGUACUACAUUCUGAAUAAAUACUUACUAAAUGAAUGAAAAAUAGAAGUAUGACUCAAUUAUUUUAGAAUCUUAAGUUAUACAGAUUUAUGUAAUGUCUAUUUUGAUUUUUAUUAAUUAACCAUGAAUUUAUCCUAGUCUAGUACUGAGAAAAAGGAAAUGGAAUUAUGGAUCCUGCUUUCAUAUGAUACUUAGGAAUGUAUCUGCACUGUAUCCAGAAGGUCAGUUACAUGCCCUGUUUACCAAUUGAAUUCUGCUUCACUAAGAAUAAUAAUAACUGACAUUUAGUACAUGGCAUAUGAUGGGCACUGUACAAAAUGCUUUGACAUGUUUUGUUCAUUUAAUCCACACAAUGGUCCUAUGCUGUAAAAACGGUUAAUAUCUACUUUUUUAUAAAUGAGGAAACUCCAGCUUAGAGAGAUUAGGUAAGCUGCCUAAAGUCACUCUGUCUGUAAGUGUUUAGAGCUGAGAUUCACAUUCACGGAGUCCUCCUGAAGAACCUAGGAUUAACCGCCAUGUUGAACAGCUUUGGCCUGCAAAUUACAUGCUUCUUAGAAAACAAGGCUAUUAUCUGUAAUCUGUAUUUUUUAAUAUCAAUUUUAUUCCUUUCAACUGGUCAGUUAUAUCAUAAAUUCCAUGGAAUUUUUAUGGAACCCAUGCUUUGCCACUCUUAUAUCCCUAUAGUGGUGCUGGGGAAUCAGGACACAUUUAUUUGCCUUAGCACUCUUUCUUUCUUUUUUCUUUUUUUUUGUAAUUUUACGUAUAAAUUGGGAGGGUGGCCUUAAAAUUUAUCAUCCAACCACUGAAAGUGAAAGAAGGUGCUUUUUAUGAUUUCACCAGGAUAACAGGCAGAAAAUACUCUCUGGUCACACAUUUAGCCUGCAGAGAGCAUUUAAGUAUGUUAUGGAUCGUCUGCCCUAGACACAACAGUGGCAUCUGCAACAAGUAAAUGAUAAACAAAAAUCAACUUUCAGAGAAAUAGCCAUUUUUAGUAAACAUAGGGAAAUAGCCAUUUUAAGUAAAUGUCAGGUGAGUCUCACUAUAUAAACUGCCUAUAAUGAAACAGUUUAGUAAGCUUAAAGUUCUAUUAAUCUCCAAAAGCAUCUAACAGGUUGGGAUUUAUUGGUAUGCAAAAGUAUCAUUCACAAAUUGUAAGAGAAGCUGUCAAAGUCAUGUUUUUGCUGGCCUAUGGAAUGUACUGGAGAAUUCUUUGGACUUGCAUAUCUUCUGAUUCAUGUACCAUAAUAAUGUCUGUGUGAUUCUCAGUGAAUCACGAAUGCGUGAUUGUGCUUUUACAAUAAAAUUUGUUUAUGAAGUCAGUGAAAAUAAUUCAUGGAUAACAUUGUCAAAAUUACUUUUAAUCACAUGAUUAACCUGCAACACUAUGUUUAUUAUUUUUAUGUGUUGGCUUAUUACAUUUAAAAACUUUGUUUAUAAAAACUGAUUUUGCUAUUUAAUUUUUAAUUUACUUUAGAAAAUAAUGUAGCACAAUGUUAGAUUUAUUACUUAUGUAACUGUAAUACUAUUUAAUGCUGCAAAAUCAUAGCACGUAAUGUUUAUAACUUUAGCAUUUUAUUAACUGUCUUUGUACCUUUAAAGAAAGAAAUAUGAUCAUAAUCUUUAGUUUUAUUUAAAUCAAGGAUCAUGGAUUUAUUUUGUCAUACUUUCUAAUAAUUAUAAUGUUUUCCUUUGUAAGCAUAUGUGCCUAAAUUCUCAUCGAGGGCUUUCUGUACUGUGUAAAUAGCACAAAAUGUCUAUAUAGGAAUGUUUAAAAAACAUUUUCUAUUUCAUGUAACUCAAAAGAUACAUCUAAUAUGCAAUUAAAUUGAAUAAAAUGAUACUUUGUGAAUUAAAAAUUUAAGUAUUG